UACAAAUAGUUCCAUUUACUUACUGAAGUAAAAAGGUUUGUGUCAGUUCAAUAACAGCAACACAAAUGUGAAAAAGCAAUGUGUUUCAGCACAUCAGUGUAGGCUCACAGUUUCUCACAGAAGUAAGUGCUCCUGAUCCGACUGCUUCUUUUGAACUAUCCACUGAGUUUGGGUCCCACCACAUCCUGUUCAGUUAGACAGCCAUUUGAACAUGCUAUGUAGUCCUUGUCCAAAGUGAGUUCAACAGACUUUGUGAGGUCAUUAGCGAUCCUAGGCUUUCGCAGUCAUGGUGGACAAGGUGCAGGCACUGCCGUACUUCUUCGGCAACAUCACGCGCGAGGAGGCGGAGGAGUACCUGCGCCAGGGCGGCGCGGGCGACGGGCUGUUCCUGCUCCGCCAGAGCCGCAGCUUCCUCGGCGGGUACGCGCUCUCCGUGUCCUACGGCCGCCAGCUCUACCACUACACCAUCGAGAGGGAGCUCAACGACAUGUACGCCAUCGCCGGGGGCAAGUCACACAGAACCCCGAUAGAUGUGAUCGACUACCACUCGCAGGAGUCUGACGGGCUCGUGUGUCUGCUGAAGAAGCCCUUCAACCGGCCACGGGGCACUGAGCCUAAAGUGGGUCCCUUUGAAGACCUCAAAGAGCAGCUCAUCCGCCAGUAUGUCAAACAAACUUGGAAUUUACAGGGUUCGGCUCUGGAGCAGGCCAUCAUCAGCCAGAGACCUCAGCUGGAGAAGCUCAUCUCCACUACAGCGCAUGAGAAGAUGCCCUGGUUCCAUGGCAAGAUCGACCGCGAGGACUCGGAGCUGCGCCUGCGCCGGAGCUCACACGUCAACGGAAAAUUCCUAAUUAGACAGAGAGAAAACGAUGGCAGAAACGUGUCCUAUGCUCUGUGUCUCCUGCAUAAUAACCAAGUCAUGCACUAUCGCAUUGAUAAGGACAGGGCUGGCAAACUCUCCAUUCCUGAUGGGAAGAAGUUCGACACACUUUGGCAGCUGGUAGAACACUAUUCGUACAAGCCUGACGGCCUUCUCCGAGUGCUAACCGAGUCCUGCCCGAGGCCGUCACAUCAUUCACUGCAAGGUGCCACAGGUGGAAUACUCUCCAGAAUCAAAUCAUACUCCUUCCCCAAACCUGGCCAAAAAAAGGGUCAGGUUGAAAAUCCUUAUAACAUUAGAGCAAACGGCAGGGGUGAACUUCCUAAUCCUAAUAUCUUCGGCAAAGAGGCUAUGCCAAUGGACACACAGGUGUAUGAAAGUCCCUAUGCAGAUCCUGAAGAGCUGCGAUCCACUACCGUGAACCGGAGCGACCUUACACUGGAAGAUGGAGAGCUGGGAUCAGGAAACUUUGGCACUGUCCUAAGAGGGGUCUACCAGAUGAAAAAAACGCAGAAGGUUGUUGCUGUGAAGAUCCUGAAAAACGAUGAUGAUAACGCGGCGGUGAAGGAUGAGAUGCUGCGGGAAGCUAACGUCAUGCAACAGCUAGAUAACCCCUACAUCGUCCGCAUGAUCGGCAUCUGUGAGGCGGAGAAUCUCAUGCUGGUCAUGGAGCUCGCGGAGCUGGGGCCGCUGCACAAGUUCCUACAGAAGAACAAACACAUCUCUAUAAAGAACAUCACAGAGCUGGUUCAUCAGGUCUCUAUGGGAAUGAAAUACCUGGAAGAGCACAACUUUGUUCACAGAGAUCUCGCGGCCAGGAACGUGCUUCUAGUCACUCAGCAUUACGCCAAGAUCAGCGACUUCGGACUCUCUAAAGCCCUGACAGAAGAUCAGAACUAUUACAAGGCCAAAGGUCAUGGUAAAUGGCCGCUGAAAUGGUACGCUCCCGAGUGCAUGAACUUCCUGAGGUUCUCUUCGAAGAGCGACGUGUGGAGCUUCGGGGUCCUGAUGUGGGAGGCGUAUUCUUACGGACAGAAACCGUACAAGGGUAUGAAAGGAAAUGAAGUCAUCCAGAUGAUUGAGAAUGGACAGAGAAUGUCGGCGCCGCUCGACUGCCCAGAAGAGAUGUACAACCUCAUGAUGAAAUGCUGGACAUACAAGUCAGACGAGAGACCUGGAUUCUCUGUAGUUGAGCCCAGAUUGCGGCAUUACUAUUAUGACAUAUCUCAGUGAUGACAUCACCCAGAUUAUUCAGUACAGUAUUGGAGAACAGUCAGUUGGUAUUGGGUGGUAUAAGCAUAAUUUGUAUUGACUUGGACAUAUUUUUUAAUUGAUAGUUUUCAUGAUUUCAUUUGUUUUGUUUUUUUCACUUCAUCAUUAGCAUAAAUUCUAAUUAGAUCAUUGGCAGCAUUUCAUCUUUAAUAAUGUAAAGCAAUAACUUCCAAGAUCUUCUUUUAGCAACUGUACAAAUUUGCCUUAAUAAGCUUAAAAUACUUAUUAAAUAGUUGGUUUUACUUCUAAAUGCAUGUUUAUAAAGAACGCCAGUGUUCAGUGUUUAAAGCCGAGUCAGUAUUUUUUUAUUAAUAUGCUUCAGAUGUCAGAGCAAUAACAUGGCAUCAACAUGAGGAUAACCAGUCAAGAGCUACACAUUAUUCUCUUUCUUUGCAGUCCCUUUCUUUUUUGAACACAUUUAAGGCUCUGGUUUACUCUGGGGAAGUUUGUUCUUCCAUUUAACUUGAAGUUCUGUAUAUUGGUACAUUUUCUGUCUUUAUAUCUAAUUGCCAAAUUUUACAUUCUUUACCAUUGAGUUUACAUUUAAAAUGUGUUAAAGUGUUAAAACAAGCUGUCAAUCAUUCUAUCUCUGAACAGAGCAAAGUCAUAUUGUGCAUAUCAUCUGCUGUAUGGACUGAUCUAAAUAGAGUCAUUCUACACAUCAGUGACUGUGGGACAGGUUAGGCGAUUAAAAUGGGAGCUUUUGAAAUCUUUUAAGAUUGUUUUCUCCAUGUUUCUUUUGUCCUAUUUGACGUUGCACACGCUUGAUAACUGAACAUCAUGGCAUGACACGUUAAUCUUGCUCUUCCUGCUUGAUUGUAUUGAUAAAUGAUGCUGAGCAAAUAGAACAUGUACGGCCGCAAUACGAUUGUCCAAUAAUGCUUUAAAAAAAUAAAUGAGCAUU